GGCGCUUGCCGAUUCAGUCGUCUAACGGAGUUCGAAGAAGCUGGGCAGAAAAGUUCUGGCGAGCUUUUGGCAAGAAAGCUGCAGCCGUCUAUGGUAUCGUUAUUUAAGUAUUUCGCGAACAAAUUUCUCGUCUUCGGUGCAAGCAAAUAUAAACAAGUGUGUUUUUAAGUGUUUCGCGAAACAACAAAAUUGACUUUGAAAAAGUGCACAAAAAAUAUCAAUAAGUAAGAAUAAAAUAUACAACGAUUUACAAAUCAACUGUCAAUCCCGUUUAAUAACCACUUUAAAAGUUUUCUUGUAGUGUUCUCAGACACGCAAAAAAAAAACCAGUGAAGUGUUAAACAAAAAACAACAAUAAUAAUAAUAAAAAAGAAUAAAAGAAAACCUCUGCAGCAUACAUACAUACAUACUUAUGUGUGUGUGUACAUAGUGCUUGCGAAACAUUUUGGUACGCCUGAACAAUAGAAUCGAGGCAAAUACACGGAAUAAUGCUCAAGGUGUUCGUAUUGCAAAUCAUUACGAUAUGUAUAUUAUUAACAAAUGUUAAUUCAGGUGUGCCAAUUGGAACUGGUGGACCAUCGCAAAUAUUCGAAAACAAAGAUGCGCUGUUGACAUGCGUUGUCUCCGAGAACGCGGCCAACAAUACGGUAAUAUGGAAGAAGGGGGACGAGAUCUUAACGGCUGGAACGGUGCGGGUCACAAAGGAUCAUCGUGUGAGAGUUUUGCAUGAUGAAAACCCAAAAGGACGCAAUUUGGAAACGGGAGGAGAAGUUUGGGUGCUGCUAAUUAAGAGCCUCAAGGCAAGUGAUUCGGGUGCCUAUAUCUGUGAGUUGAACUCUGAUCCGGUUUUACGCAGCAUACACAUACUAACAGUUAAGGAGCUAUCGCAGGGAAAUAACACAGACACUGCUACGGCGGAGUCUAGCGAUGUCUUCCUCUUACCGCCGCCCCUUAAUGCCCAGGAUAAUCGCAGCUUUUGGCGUCCAAGUCAAGCGCCGCCUGUGUUUACCCAUGAUUUUACCGAGUGUUGUGAGCAUUCGAAUGUCUCCUCCCAGUGCAUGGGCUUCUGCAAUGUCCACAAUAUAUUGGAUGGAACUACAGAUUUCGAUCCAGAGGCCUGUGAGAAGGACUUUCCCAGCAUUGUAAAAUGCAUGGCUGAUGGUCGCAAUCAUGUUCCCUGCUGUGUGGAAAAGCAAAUUCCCGAUCUGUGCCAGGACAUGUGUCGCGGCGAGUACACACCCUUCACCGACAGGCUAAAGACUCGCGUCUCGUGUGUGCAGCACACCCUCAGCGGACUCCAGUGCAUCCUCAAGGGGGUACAGCUGAUACCCAGCACGCCAAUUCUUCUUUCAAUAGAAGAGGUGCGGGAGACAACGGUCAACAUCAGCUGGGCAGCUCCACAGAAGCUGGCCGACCAGGUUUCCCACUACAUGGUCAACCUCACAGCGUUGCAUAGCUUCGACGAGGACGAGCUGAGCGGUGAGGUCAAACAUAAAUCGUCGGACGGAACUGAUCAAAAAGAGGAACAAACGACGCUCUACAAUGUUCCCGCCAAUCAGACGUAUUUCUUCCUCGACACACUCUCCCCUCUGACCAUGUACGCUGUAGUUCUCACGGCCGUCAAUGAAUACGGUUCCAGUCUGCCCAAUGAGCGACUUCGCUUCUUCACUCACACCAGCGCUUCGGUGGCCGAGGCUCAGGCGGGCAACACGGACAAACAGGUGAUGCCCUCGUUGCCAGAUAUCCGAGGUUGUUGUGAAUCAAGUGGAAUGACGCACCGCAUGUGCAUGGACAAGAUGUGUGACCCACAGAAGGCGGAUCAGGCCACGCUCCCUGACCUAAUGGUGUGUGCCCCUUGGUCGAACAUCACAUUCACGUGCUUGGCUAAUAACAUUGAUCAUACGCCCUGUUGCCGUGCUCGUGGAAUACCCUCGGCUUGUUUCCCUCUCUGUGCUGGCAAGCUGACCUCUCUGGACUUUAGUUUGUUCAAAUGUCUACGUUUCAUGUCCGAGUAUAGCAGCUGUCUAUUCCAAGGCUAUGGUGUGCUAGCUGAUCCUCCAUCUAAGUUGCGUACGGUCGCAAAAACGGAUAACUUUGUCAUUCUGGACUGGAAUAAGCCAAAGCGUCUGGCCGAUACGGUGACCACGUAUCACGUCAAGUUCCGUCGUCUCGGCGUUGGCGAUGACUAUCUGUCAGUGGAAAAGCGUCAGCCGCCACUCAUCCUUGAAGGUCUGGAGGCGGACAUCUACUACGAGUUCUAUGUGGUAUCAAUUAAUGCGUACGGCAAAAGCGAACCAUCUCCACGUCUCAUUACACGCACCCUGACCGCUGAGCUGGACCCAACUCCCCUCGGCAAAUACAACAUGUCGACGUGUUGCCAAGCUUCAGGCCUUCUGCCACAAUGCGCUCCGCUUUGCUCCUACAACAUACGCCUGUCCGACAUCGAAAAUCUCGGUCCGACGUGCCGUGCACAAAUGCCUAUUCUGGCUCGCUGUGCGGCAGGAGGACGAGACCACAGUCCUUGUUGCAGCCGUCGUGGCGUUAUUAACGCUUGCAUGCCACUCUGCCGCGGCGUCAUGCCACUUGCGUUGACCACCAAAUCGACAGCGGCAACUGCAACAUCGGCGGGAAUCGGAACGCUCACAUCAAAUGGAAGCGGAAACGGAGGCAUGUCAGCCUCAUCUACAUUGGCGAGCAAUGUGCCAGACUGUUUAUCAUACGCUGGAAACAUUUUGCAGUGCUUCGAGGAAGGCACGAAUAACAUACCCGGACCACCAGGAGAUGUGCAUGCAACAUCCGUGACGAGCACAAGCAUAAGUCUGGCAUGGACUCCGCCCAAUGCGGAGAACCCCUCAGCCUCCACUUCCACCUCCACCACCGCUCUGCCCACCGACAUGUUAACCGGCGAUGAACUGGCUGCUGCAGCUGGCGUUGUGGCUGGAGAUGUCGCGACAGGAGCCGAUACUUUGACAGCUAAACAACUGCAACAGUCUUCGGGCUCUACAAGUGCGCCCCAUAAUGAUGCCGAUGCCGAUGCUGAUGAUAUUGAUUUUGUUGUUCAAUAUGGGCGAGUCAAUAACAUGACUAUGUAUGAAACAGUUGCCAAACUGGAGAAUGAAUUGACCACCAACGAGACCAGCAUCGAUUUGACAAAUUUGGACGAGAAUGCCUUAUACCGCAUUACGGUUGUGGCACGUGGAAAAUUUGGCACAUCGCUGCCGGCAUCAAUGUUGCUGCUCAACACGUCGAGUGCCGGCGAAAAAGUACAACACCCCAACACACCUGACACCUGGGGCGCACCCUCGCCGCCCCAUUCACUGACCGUGCUCACACAAAGCGCGACCUGGAUGCAGUUGACUUGGCAGCCGCCAGAGUACUCUCAUCCGCACGAGCGCAUUACCUACAGGGUUUAUCACAAGAUGAUGAAAACUGAGGGCUUCACCAAGAUUGACACGAAGUUAGCCUGGCUGCGCCUCACUAAUCUCAAACCCAGCUCACAGCACAUCCUCUACGUGGAGGCAGUGGGAGAGAGAGCAUCCUCGCUGCCAUCGGAGACGCUUGUGGCGUGGACGGAUCCCGCGCUUCCUGCCUUUGUGGAUCCACCUACAGUGCAUCCGGCGGACAACAUUCCCGAGGGCGGUUCGAUGACUAUCCUCUGCCUCGCCUUGGGCAACCCGGCACCCACAAUAUCGCUCUACGUGGGCGGGCACUUGGUGCGCCAGGAUACUUCACGCCACAUGGUGACGGUCAUUCACAAUGUCUCUGCGGACAUGGAGCACGUCUCGUGCUAUGCGGACAACGGUUAUGGGGUUCCCAUGCAGGCCACCCGACGCGUCAACAUCUGCUAUCCACCUAGGAUUCAGGCUGCCGGCAUCACAGUCGCAUCUGUGGGGGAUGAGGUGGAGCUGCGUUGUAUUGUGGAUGCAAAACCGGAGCCGAAGACAAUUUUCUGGCGUGAUCACGAUGGUCGAGUGCCCGUGCCCCAAGGAGGCAACUACUAUGUUUCCCUCACGAAUGUCUCCACAAUUUAUACGAUGUCGCUGCGCAUCAGCAAACUGCAGGCCAACGAUGUUGGUGACUACUUUUGCCAUGCGGAGAAUCCCUUUGGCUCCUCGACAACUCCAGUCUCAGUGCGUAUACGCAAUACUCCCACCCUCAAUCGCAAUGUGUUGCAAUGUUGCGCGGAGCAGAACGUAUCGAUGUCUUGCCGCGAUGCCUGCACUUACUAUGUCGACUUUGACGCAAUUGCCAACAGGCCAGAGUGCAUCGUGGACUUUGACAAGUUGAUGAAGUGCGCCGCCGACGGAUCCGACCAUCGUUCCUGCUGUGCGGAGGAGCAUGUGCCUCGCAAGUGCCUCAAUUGGUGUCGCGGCGAGUCGGUGCGCUCAAAGGAAAUCUGUAGCUUGCAGUAUGCCCGGACUAUAAUUGGCUGCUUCGAGAAGAACCGUGAUCGAUUGCCGGGUCCCCCAGAGAAUAUUGUGGUCAGCGUGUUGUCGGAUAACGAGGUGAACAUUAAAUGGGACGCUCCAACAAAGAAUCCGAAUGUUGUCGACGGCUAUAGAAUAUAUUACCAUGAGGCCGCCGUCUUGCCGCCAACAUCGUCCUCGUCGUCCUCGUCGUCGGGGCAGCCAAACGAAGCUUCGAUGGAGCCUGGCGCGGAUACACUCGCCUCCAUGAAUAAUGCAACAAGUAUGGGCAACGGCAACGGCAACGGCAACAGCAACAACAUGAUGAUGGCGGGCGUACUAGAGAUUCAACGCAUCGACGUAAAGGACACAACAAUAAGCAUUAAUGGGCUUAAGAAGGACGUGCUGUAUGAGCUGGUGGUAAAGGCUGGCAAUAUAUACGGUGCCAGCGUACUCACCGAUCCGAUUAGGUUCACACUGGGGGAGCAACAUGUGACCUCGGCCACCAGCAGCUAUUCCAGUGCCGUGGGCACAAUCAGCGGCAUUGUGGCAAGCAUUUUGGCCAUCCUCCUGGCGGCAGCAGCCAUUGUGUUCUAUCGCCGACAUCGCUGCCACCACGGCAAGGCGGGCAAUGGCAACGUGGCCUUCGAGAAUCCCACAUACACUCGUGGCCUGGAGCAGGUACAGCUACCCACUGUGACGUCGGCCAUCACAACACAACAGCAACAACAGCAGCAUCAACAGCAGCAGCAACAUCACAAUGCCAAGAAUCACACACAUGGCAGCGGCUCUGUUGGCCCUGUUAGGACACAGAAUGGCAGCAGCAACAAUACCAACAGCAGCCACAAUUACAAUCACAACCACAAUGGCAUUGCAGCCACAAUGACGACAUCCACAUCAACGACAACAGCAGCAGCAGCAGCAGCUGCGACGCCUGACACGGGGAUCACUGCCAAUGGCAGUAGACAUCACCAACAGCAGCAACAUCAGAAACAGCAGCAACAUCAGCAGCGCAAUGGCCAUCUCAAUGGCCUCACAGAUGCGGCGCAUCACUUUCACAACCCGCUAAGCAAUACGCAGUGCAAUGAAGUAAAUCCCUCAAUUUAUGAAGAGCUCAAACUUGGCCAAGAAGGUGCUGGAUUUAAGAAACUUGUGCCAUAAAUGACAACCCCCCUCCACAAGAACAACAGCAACAUCAAAGUUUAGAGCUAGUACACACACAUACACAUGAACACACACACACACACACACAAACACACACACACGCAGUACAUGCUUGUAGACAUACGAGUACAAUUGCAAAAUGUAGACAUAGGCCGUGUAAACAGCGCGAAGCGCAACCAUAAACACGCACACACACACAAAAACACACACACAGCAGCAGUGACAUCUUUACAGAAAAUGCACUGUGAGAAAUAGUUGGGUAACAAUGCGUAGAAUAUAAUUGCUAACAUGAAUUUGGGUAGCGUAAAGUAAUAAAUUUGUAGUAUGUAACUGUGAUUCAAAAAUUAUGUAAAAUAAAUUUAAUUGGUAAAAAA